CAUCCAUCCACCACAACACCAUGCUGGCGUGAUGCCGCACGGAGAUGGGCCAUCGCCUAUUCCUCAAGCUCCAGACUUUUUCGUUUCGCCAGGCUCCACUGUCGGAGCUGCGCGUGAAAAUGGUCACGUGUCCUUGUUAUCCUGGUGGCUUCCACCUUACGCUGCAUCGGAGCUCGCCGAUGCGCUUCUCAACCAAUGCGAGCGGACCUUCGCCGCCCUCUGUUGCUCAUCCAAACCUUGUUGGUGAUCCGUUCCUCUGAAAAGCAGUGUGCUCGCAGCUCGGCCGUCUCCGCUCGAAAGUGGUCCGAUAAGCUUGCGUCUUCGGGUCUAUAUCUAUCGUCACCACCCAGCUCUCGUACAUCUUACCACCCAUUCCUCAGUGCCAAUUGACUCCAGGAGCUUUCCUUGUUUCGCAACUACACCGUGAUCGCAUACAUACACCAUCACCAUGUCCCAACUUAGCUACGCCCGCUAUGGCAAGGACAACGUCCGCCUCUACAAGGUUGAUAAGGACCCUAAGACAGGGGUUCACACUGUCGUAGAGCAGACUGUUCGUAUCCUGCUCGAGGGAGAUAUUGAGACCUCCUACACCAAGGCAGACAACUCGGUCGUUGUUGCAACAGACACCCAGAAGCAGACCACCUACAUUCUCGCCAAGCAGAACCCCAUCGAUCCUCCCGAGCAGUUCGCCGCUGUGAUUGGCAACCACUUUGUCAACACAUACCCUCAUAUUCACGCUGCGCACGUCAAGAUCAUCCAACACCGAUGGACUCGCAUGGAGAUCGACGGCAAGGCCCACCCACAUUCGUUCUUCCGCGACGGUGACGAGGUUCGCGUUGUCGAAUCAGUAACUAGGGAAGGACAGGGUUCUUCAAUUCGCUCCAAGAUCGAGAAGCUACUCGUGCUCAAGAGCACUGGCUCCGCUUUCCACGGCUUCCACCGCGACGAGUACACACGUUUGCCUGAGACCUGGGACCGCAUUCUCAGCACAGAGAUUGAGGCUGGCUGGCAGUGGAAGCUCUUCAAGACACUGGAGGAGGUCAAGGCUAUCGAUUUCAACGGUGCUUGGAAGGCGGCAAGGGACAUCACAAUGAAGAUCUUCGCCGAGGACGACAGCGCCAGUGUUCAGGCCACCAUGUACAAAAUGGCCGACACUAUCCUAGCCACUGUUCCCGAGAUCGACGCCGUCGAUUAUGCUCUGCCAAACAAGCACUACUUCGAGAUUGAUCUCUCGUGGCACAAAGACAUCAAGAACACUGGAAAAGACGCGACUGUUUUCGCUCCCCAGUCUGACCCCAACGGCUUGAUCCAUUGCACAGUCACUCGCAAGGGUACCAAGUCCAAGCUAUGAACGACAUGGCACCUUUCUCGAUUCGGGUUCACUAUUUAGCAUCGGCGUUCUUUCUGUCUUCCAGGGGUCGUUCGUAAAGCGAGAGUAGAAUAUUAUACCACAUGGACUGAGUCCAGGGGACGAGUGAGAGUAGCAAACCAAGUUAGCAUUAGGGCUUGUAAUAAACAACUUAUGCUUCUAGUCGCUCUCCGUG